ACCCUCGCGUUCGUCAAUUCCAACGCGUGCCUAAAAUCAGUUCUUGCUAUUCCGGGAUUUCUCUCCCCCUAGCUGUGUUUCUUAGCAAACCAGAUGAACGUUCGGAGAAAAGUAGGGUGCCUGACAACGCGACUAGUGAGAAAUUGAGGCAUCACGUGUCGUUUUUUUGAGAGUAGCAUUGUUGUGAAACCUGUUAGGUUUAGAAUUUUUGGUGAAUUGGUUUCGUACAGAAAGACGAUCUGAGCAGGUUUUUUUUCUUUUCUUUUCUUUUCUGGGUAUGGGAGAGGUGUGAGAUCAAGUGUUGGGUUUGUGAAGCAUGGUGGUCUUUUCGAUGAGUGCCUGUGUCAGAAAAUGAGGGUUUGAGAGGAUUUUGAGCUGUAGGUAUGGCCUCCUCUGAGAAACAGAAUUCGGAAGAGAGGUUGUUUCAACAGGCAUCGCCCCAGCCAUGGAAACUGAAGAUGCCGUGGGAGAGGAGCUCUUCGGCUGAGGGUGCCAAGUCAACUAGUGCACACACGCAGUCCGUUAAAAAACGUUCAUUGUACGAGCAUCCAUUUCUUCAGGACACGCUACUGAAAGAAGAAGCUGAUGCUGCGGCUGCAGCUGCAACUGCAAAUGUCUCCUCGCUGGCCUCACUGAAAGCUCUUUUGUUGACUCGAAGGCGCUUGCGACUCGACCCUGAGAAGCAUUUGUACUUUCUAUAUGAUCCAGGGAAACAAGUCUCAACUGCAAUAAAGAUCAAGAAUGUCAGCCGCACACACGUCGCUUUCAAAUUUCAAACAACUGCACCAAAGAGUUGCUUUAUGCGCCCCAACAGUGGUGUGCUUGCUCCAAACGAAAGCAUCAUCGCUACAGUGGUGAAGUAUAUAGAGCCAAUGACAGGAAGUCAGGAGAGAAAGACCAAAGAGAAAUUCAAGAUAGUUAGUCUGGCAGUGAAGCCAGAUAUCGAAUAUGCUCCGGAACUGUUUGACCAUCAAAGAGAUAUAGUUUCUGUGGAGCGCAUUCUACGAGUUGUUUUCGUCGACCCUAACAAGGCGUCACCUGAGGUAUUGAACAGGUUGCAAACGCGGCUGGCAGAGGCUGAAGCUGCUGAAGCGGCUCGUUUGCAGCCCGAAAAAGAGGAGGUUCCUAAGACCACAAUGGUCCAGGAGGGGCUCGUAAUUGAUGAAUGGGCUUCGUCGGGAUUGCAAAUAGGAGGGAUAACUGAAGAUUGCAUAUUUCCGCAAGAAUGGCUUUGCUUUCCAGCGGCUCUCAGCACUGUUUUCUGUUACGGUGCCUCGCAGAAACAACGCAGAGAAGAUUAUCUCGCCCGUCAACAGGUCGAAGGCGGAGAGUCUUUAUGAGAUUGCGAGUUGUGAAAGUGCGUUCGCGCAACCGAUCGCAGUACUCAAAACUUGAAAGAGCGAAGGAGUGGUGAUAGUGUACGUCCUAUGAUGUCAAAGAAGACCAUUUCAUGCUCACGCAGGCUAUUGCAAGACUUCUGGUGGACAAUUCCAAUGUGCGUGAGGGUAUCGCUGUAGGUGCUGCUUGGACAUUCGUGGAGUUUUGGCAGGAAUCUGCGUGUCAUACAUUCUCUCGGUGCAGUGGAAAUUCCAUCUUAGUUGUUUCACAGGGUAUUAACUUCUGACUCUUUAGAAGUCGAUGACAUUCAUCAGAAUGACCAGCAUAUAAAAUCUGCUAUCACCUUGCCAGGGUGGACAGUUAUACAUAAAUAAAUGAGUUAAUGAGUUGCAAUA